GUCUUUUCAGCACCACUCACUGACAAUCCAACCAACCGGAGAGGCGAGACAGGCAAAACUGACUUCUCUGCAACCUUCUGUGGAUAUUCUUUCUUUCUCUACAUCCACAAAUCCUUACAACUUUUUUUUUUCCAGUAAAGGAGCUUCUGGUUUUUAUUCUACCGAGUUUCCACCCGCUGAAAGUAAGAAUUUAGUUUCAUUUUUCAAAUAGGACCAUGUGGUUGUUGGAUGUAUGAUUUUGAUAUAUUUUUUUCAUUGCGGAUUUUCGUAUGUUUUUUUUCCCACGGUUACACUCUAAGUUUGGUCUUUUCAUUACGCUUUGGAAGUCUAGAAAAAUGCCCGCAACCACUUGAAUGAAUGAGUUAUUGAAAUAAGUUCGAUUAUUUUACGGUAGUUUUCACACGUUCAGUCAGUAAUUUAAGAGCCUUUGUUUUCUUUUAAUACGUGGAAUUAUAUGUGUAUCUAGUCGCGAUGUUCACUUUAGUGGUGGGACUUUUGUACCUGGUCAGUGGAUGCACGGUGCGAAGCCAGGAUGCUACAGGUAGCCGCUUCGUUUGUAACGCAAUUCCCCCGGGCGCAGAGCCGGGCUGCGCGUACGGUCCUACUGGGAACCGUGUCCAGAGCAGCAGCCCCGUGGAGGACGAGCUACGGAACACGAUAAUCCAGCUCCGGGAGACCAUCCUGCAGCAGAAGGAGACCAUCGUGAGCCAGCAGGGGACCAUCAAGGAGCUCAACUCCAAGCUGGCGCGCUGCGAGGCGGCAGCCGACGAGUCGUCACAGAGCAAGCCCCGGGGUCAGGGCUCCAGGCGGAAGGAGUACGGCAAAAACACCAUGGGGGACCUGCCCCGGGACCCCAGCGAGACCAUAGAUCAACUGGGCAAGACCAUGCAGAGUCUCAAGGGUCGGCUGGAGAACUUGGAGCAGCAGAGUUUGCGGCUCCCCAGCACAAAUGUGUCAGCUGGAGGUGUCUCGGCACUGACUCCCCUGCCACCAGAGCUGCGGGAGCUGCUGCGACAGCGUCUGGGGGCGCUGGAGACCCAGCUCCUCCGGAAGGUGGCUGAGCUGGAGGAGGAGAAGAGCCAGCUCUACAAUGAAACAGCGGCCCACCGCCAACGUACCGAGAGCACUCUCAAUUCCCUCCUGGAGAGGAUCACCGAGCUUGAGAAAAGUAAUAAUGCCUUCAAGUCACCCGAGGAUUUCAAGGUGUCCCUCCCUCUUCGUACGAACUACCUGUAUGGACGCAUCAAAAAGAGUCUCCCAGAAAUGUACGCCUUCACUGUGUGCAUGUGGCUCAAGUCCAGCGCCAGUCCCGGCAUAGGAACCCCGUUCUCUUACGGUGUGCCCGGCCAGGCCAACGAGAUAGUCCUCAUCGAAUGGGGGAACAAUCCCAUUGAACUACUAGUUAAUGAUAAGGUGGCCCAGCUCCCUCUGUCAGUGAGUGACGGGCGCUGGCACCACAUCUGCAUCACCUGGACAACUAGAGACGGUUUCUGGGAGGCUUACCAGGAUGGCGAGCGUCUAGGCACAGGGGACAACCUGGCCCCCUGGCACCCAAUUAAACCUGGAGGGGUUAUCAUCCUGGGCCAGGAGCAGGACAUAGUCGGAGGCCGCUUUGACGCCACGCAGGCUUUUGUGGGCGAGCUGAGCCAGUUCAACAUGUGGGACCGAGUACUGCGGCCUGUGGACAUCAUGGGUCUGGCCAACUGCUCGGCUUACAUGCCGGGCAACGUGGUCCCUUGGAUUGACGCUAAUGUGGAAGUGUUUGGUGGUGCGAGUAAAACUGCUCUGGAGAUCUGUGAAGAUCGCGCUUUUGAUUCCUAAAGGAUCUGAUGUGAGGAAAUCCAGUAUACUAGCCACCAGGAUUGAGCAGCUAUGUAUUUGGACUGUUUGAUGCCUCAGUCAAAUCCCGAAGGAAAGGGUAUCAGUGCAACAUUUUUACAUAUUUAUAUGCUCUGACUGCGCAAAGACUCAGUGUUUAUUGCACUCAGAUUCACAUGUUGAUGUGUCCACUCAAUUUAAACCCUGAGGAGAUUACAGGAGACUUCAAAUAAGUCUGCUCAUGUGAAGAAGAUAUGCUGUUGCAUCAGUCUACUGUAAUGAUAUGACCUACUGUCAUUCUGUGUUUUCUCUUCAGUAGAUCAGCUUUCACUUGACUCCUCUUGAUAAAAGCUCUUUUUGGUUGCAUUCCUUAUACUGACAAUGCUGUACUGUAUUCGUGGUGAAUGUGAGCUCAAACAGGCUUUGAUGUGCUAUGGAACACUAUUCCUGAGUUACAUGGUAGAGUACUACAUGCUGCGAGCCUCCUCGCUGUUUGAAGAGCAAUGAGGCGCCGAGCGAGGAGCACAGUGAAAUGAAGUGGAUGCUCAUGAGCACACAAUAAAGGAAAAACCCUCGCUGUUGAUAAUUUUAAUACGUCCCAUUGUGGCAGAAGGUCUAAAUAUUAUGCAUGAGUCUGAGCAGUGAGUGGAAGUCAGUUCAGAAGUGACAGUGCAUGCUUUCUGUCAAUACGCAGAGUGUAUGUGGUGCGUCCAAACAAGCCAAUGCAGCGUGCUGACAACAUUACAUAAGACUGUGUGUGUGUGUGUGUGUGUGUUCAUGCGCGUAUGGUUUGUCUUGCGUGUAAAAAGACCAGAGAUUAUGAGGGAGGGAGGACAUUUUCAUUCUUGUAAAUCUAUGCUUAAUACCUCUCUGCCCCUUGAGCAGCUGCCAUAUCCCAAACAGCUUUAUGGAUGGACUGGCUCUGCUCAGGUUAAUAGAGAUGUUGGACAGCUGCUCAAGACUGGCGUCUCAACAGAGCUGCGCGUGCCCAGUGAUGGGCAGGGGCUGGGCUUGACCUUCAAGGACGAUCCUUAAUUCCUUAUCUGGGUAGUAAUUAUCUGUGUUCAUUAAUGAGUGUGGCGGCGAGAAGCCACUGGUCCGCUGGUGUUUUUCAAAGCUAAGUGUGUCAUAAUCGAUAAAAUUUUCAGAAGUAGAGGGGAUGUCAAAUGAGAGCAGCACUCUCUGGACACUGUGAAUGCCGCUGUCAGAUAGACUUUGGUUUUAAUUGCCUCUCACUAAACAAGAAAAAUAGUUUUGCUCCAUGGACAUAAUAUAUAUAUUUUUUAAUUUAGGGGAUCAAUGGAUUUUGGCACCGCUUAGUGAAUGCAACUGACGCUUUUUGCAGCUUAAUUUAUGUUAGUCCUUAAUGUUGUGGUGGAAAUUUAUUUCAUUGCUGUUUGUUUUUGAUAAACAGUAAAAUACUGGUAUCUAACCUGGUGCUGGAGCCUUACAAGGAAACAAUGUCAAAGAGGCAACAAAGACAUUAACUUUGGCAUCAACCUCCAGAGUUUCUUUUUUUCCUCCUUGUGGAAUUUCCUUACUGAGUAGACACUAGUACAAAAGCCAUUAAAAAGCUUCUGUCCAUGUUAGGAAAACAAUGCAGUUGAAUAUAGAAUAGAAAAAAAUAGAUGCAGAUAUAAUGCAGUAGGUUACUGGACAGCGCAGAAUGUUAUAAAAGUUAACAUUGUAAGGACUUGUUGGAUAUGUCACCAACAUAUAAUCCUCUUUUUCAGUGUCUUUGUUAACAAUGUUUCAAUGUAAAAUCAAAAGACGUCUAUCCUGUAGAAAGUGUUUUUUUUCUUGUGUUUUCUGCUCAUGAUUUUUGUCCAUUAGCAGCACAUUAUGUAAAAAAAAAGGAAGUACUUUGAAAUGCUUUGUUUAUAUGGUGAAUGGCCUUUUGUGAGAACCAUAUGUGCUUUUGCCUGUGGACAAUUCAAACUUUUCUUCAGCUUUUAAAGCACUAGCAGCACAGACGAUGAGAGACACAGAAAAAGAAAAAAAAUGUGUUUGCUAUCAUUGUUUCAAAGUCACUUUGGUGUGCAGUGCCCAUUGAAGUUUCUGCCAUGUGGUUGAAUGUCCUUUUGCACCCAAUAAAAGAGUGAACAAGUUCCA